AUGGCAGAAAUUCUAGGAGCUGCUUCUGCUGUUGUUGGCCUUGCUGCUUUUGCAACUCAAGUUGUGGAAAAGCUUGAUGCUCUGAACGCUAUCUAUAGGUACAACCGGACUGAAGCUGCAGUUUCGAUUGAAUCAUUGACUGGUCACCUCAAUAUUCUUCGCUUAAUAUUAGGGUCUGCCCAGUCCCUAGAGGGGCAUCCCGCGGUCGAUCAAGCGAUUUUGAAAUGUCAGGAGACCUACAGCAUCAUUGACCUUGGUCUAGGCGAUCUUUUACAGAGAAUUACAAACAUGCCAUCUGCCAAGCGAGCCGGUUUGAAGUCGGUGAAACUACUAUUUUCACGGGAUAUUCGCCGGGAGGUCGAAAAAAUCGAAUCUAAGCUUGACCUCGUGACCAAGACACUGAACUUGUGA